AUGCGCCGCCGUACCUGGACUCGGUACGACUGCCUGCCUGUGCUGCCUGUUGCUGCCUGUUGCUGCCCGUGUCUGUGCUGCCCGUUGCCGCCCGUUGCUGCCCGUGCCUGUGCUGCCUGUUGCCGCCCAUUGCUGCCCGUGCCUGUGCUGCCUGUUGCCGCCCGUUGCUGCAUGUGCCUGUGCUGCCCGUUGCUGCCCGUGCCUGUGCUGCCCGUGCCUGUGCUGCCUGUUGCCGCCCGUUGCUGCCCGAGCCUGUGCUGCCUGUUGCUGCCUGUUGCUGCUCGUGCCUGUGCUGCCCGUUGCCGCCCGUUGCUGCCUGUGCCUGUGCUGCCCGUUGCCGCCCGUUGCUGCCCGUGCCUGUGCUGCCCGUUGCCGCCCGUUGCUGCCCGUGCCUGUGCUGCCCGUUGCCGCCCGUUGCUGCCCGUGCCUGUGCUGCCUGUUGCCGCUCUGCUGCUGUCCGCGCCCUUGUGCGCUCUGGCCCCUUGCGGCCCCGUCGCCGCCACCUGCGGCCCCGUCGCCACCACCUGCGGCCCCGUCGCCACCGCCUGCGGCUCCGUCGCCGCCACCUGCGGCCACGCCGCCACCACCUGCGGCCUCGCCGCCACCAGCGGCCCCGUCGCCGCCACCAGCGGCCCCGUCGCCGCCACCUGCGGCCACGCAACCGCCACCUGCGGCCCCGCCGCCACCUGCGGCCCCGUCGCCGCCACCUGCGGCCUCGUCGCCGCCACCUACGGCCCCGUCGCCGUCACCUGCGGCCCCGUCGCCCUCCCCUAG